ACCGUGUUUUGGGUAGCGAGACAACGAGAUUGAUUUUUGCUUAAUAAUUUAGUCUUUUUGUGUGAGUUGCUAUCACACCUCAUUCAAGAGGAUUGAACAACUUUCUGAAAGUUCCGUAGGAUGUUUAUUUAACAGCUGUUUUACUGGACGAAGUCAGCGGGACCAUCAGUCACAAAGUUUGGCCAAAAUCCCUGGCCAGUCACUCACACACACACAGCACAGUGAAUGGAGACUGAAACGAGUUCCUAUAGCAGACCACAGCUAAAACUAAAAAUGUUUUGUUGGUGACUUCCUAGGAUUUAAACAAGCAUGUUGAAGAUGCCUCGACAAACUGGUGCCUUUCCUCCGGCUAACAACCUCUUGCAGAAGAAAUGGAACGAAAGAGCUUACAAACAACAUUUGGAAAAGAGGAAAGCAAUGACUACUGGUCUGAAUACCAGGACACCUAAAUCUUACCUGCAUAUGCAGUUGAACCUCAAGAAAAUACAGCUCGAAGAAGAGAGACAAGAAGCGAUUGACCAGGAGAAUCGGAUUCUUCUGGCUAAACUGACCACAGUCAUCAGGUCAGCUGGACAACUAGACAACUGGAAUGAGGAAUAUGAUGACCUCCCUAAAAGUUUGAACAAACCUCACAUGCAGCGAGAACAGGAGAGGAUUGCAACCGAAAAUAGUAAACUGACAAAGAAACUGACUAAAGUUACCGCAGAAUAUAAUCUGGAUCAAUGGGAGGAUGAAUAUCUUCUUCAUGGAUACUAUCUCUCAUUGAAAGCUCAAGAAACUAAAGGUUUUGAAGUGGAUACCAGAGGCUUUGAAGAUGAUGAGCCACAUUUCUAUAACAGAGAUAGAGAGGUUGCGACGGCUAAUGGAUCUGUGUCUCAGUUUGAUGGUGGACGGAGCGAGACUGAGGAGCAAGCUGAUGAACUUAGUACCACUACAGGGAGUACAAGCAAGCCCAAGACAACGACCAAGACAACGCAAUCUAAGAAGGCACCAGGACCAUUCCGAAGGGUCAAGCCCCAGCCAAGACUGCCUCUUCUUGGACAACCAAGGAAAAAGGAAGAAGAAAAAAGAAAGAAAGAAUUAGCGAGUAAACCCGCACCUUACAGUGACAAGGAAGAUGCAGCUAAACUCUUCAAAACAACUAAAGAAAUGUCAAGAGCCGAUCCAGUGCUUACAAAGACGCUUGCAAGACGGACCUACAGUCAGAGACAGCAAACAAUGACUACGUUUGAGAAGCAGUAUGAGCUGGAUCUUGAAGUGGAAUUAAUGGAAGUAAUGGAUGAUGAAUGGAAUGAAUUUGUCACAACUCUUCUUGCAAAACGAGAAAUGAUUGAUGCUACAGCAUGUCAUCAAGCACUCAAGGGUCACCUACCUCUCACAGACACAAUGAUUGAAAUCCUGUGUACACGAAAUAACUCAGCACUCAGUUCAAUCAAGAAGACGUAUAAUAAGGAGUAUUCCACUAACUUAAUGGAUGACAUUAAGAAUGAAACCAAGGGUCAACUCAGACAUCUCUUCCUUGCUUUAGCUAAGGGCACCCGUAUGGAGAGUACAGCAGUGGAUGCUGAUAGAGCUGAACAUGAUGCAGAGAUGUUGAUGGGAGAACCUGAUAAUGAGAGAUGGAAAGCAGACUCGGGCAAGAUGGCUGAGUUGUUCAGAAUAGCAAGCUUCGCUCAAAUUAGAGAAGUGCUGGAACAUUAUGAGCAGCUGACUGAGAGCAGAGUCCAGGAUGAGUUUCGUUCAACCCUAGCUGGAGACUAUCGGGAUGCAAUGCAAGCAUUGGUGAAGUGUCUGUAUAACUGUGCUAUGUACAUGGCAGAGAGACUUCGUAUUAGUCUCGUCAGGAAAAACAGCGCCAGCUUAAUCCGUCUUCUUGUCACAAGAUCUGAGAUUGAUAUGCCACAGAUAAGGAAGGCUUACAGACAGCGUUAUGGUGAGACAUUGAUGGAUGCUAUAGAGACUCUAUGUAAGGAGCCUUAUAAGAAAGCUCUAGUCAGUAUGGUUCUUGUACACGGAGCUCUCAAGAAUCAACAAGAUCAAGAAGAAGAUCAAAAGGCACGAGGAGCCUUCAGUGCUACUAAGGUUCCAACCCUCCCUAAGGUGGCUCCUCCUAAAGCAAAACCCCUACGACGUCCCUCACCUAACAAAGCAGCCAUACUGAAACCAAGCAACCCUCUGAUGCAAAGUAUCAAGACACAAGCUGCAAAAGAAUCAAUCCUUGUACCUCCUAGGAGGGUCGUCAAACCUAAGAAGACUGUGACUGUGGUGGACCCUAGAGCUAAACAGUCUCCACCAUCUUCAGGCCAGAGAUCAAAUACUUCAAGACAAAGUGUCUCUAAGGCUAAGAGACCUUUACCAGUGUCUUCAAGAACAUCCUUAAACUCACCAGGAAAGUCUUCAGUCAAAUCAGCUGAAACGAAAGGAAGGGAAGAGAAGACUGAAGACAAACCCACAUCAGCAACAAGAGCUACGUCAGGUGCAUCUGAGAAAGAUGUAGUGGACCCUGAAACUGCCAAAUCUAAAGCUGCAUCUGACAUAACAUCUCAAGGAACUGAUAACGAGAAAGAUGCUACCCAAGAGAAGAUGACAGAGAACAUAGACACUUCCAAUGAAACUGAAGAUGCUGGUAUUGAAGUUACAAAGACUAAUGAGAAAGAGUUAGUUCAGACAGAGAGUGAUGGAGACAAGACGCAGACAAUUGAAGAGGAUCAGUCAGAUAAGACUGCUGCCGAACCACAAGAUAAGCCUAAGCCUGUUCCUGCUUCACCUGAAACCAAUGCACAGGUUGAGCAAUCUAUUGAGCCAAUUAAACCAAACUCACCAACAGAAAAACCAAGUCAAGACGAUAACUCCAGGGCAACAGUGAGCCAGCAAGGAGCAAAGACUGAACAGGAGAAAGAAACUUCUUGAAUUGUUUGAGUCAAGCCCAACUCGUCCAUCAACAAAACGUAGGCAUUUGCCCGUGGAGUCUCCUCAAGUUGUACCCUGUUUGAAUCACUGGUACCGCUCCAAACACAUCCCAUCUUUCCGGUGCUGCUGCUUUGAGUUUGGUGGUAUCACAACCUGACCACUCUGGGAUCUUGUCCAAACAGCGCAUCUUUGGUUUGCCCAAGGAACGAUGGCAUUUCUUUGGCAUUUCAUCCACAAUGGCUGCUGCCAAGCUGCCUUAAUGAACCACAUUGCUUAUUGGCCAUCAAACUAAAAAGUAAAUCAGGAAGAAAGCUUGAGAGCAGCAAGGAGCCAACCAGGAACAAUGGAGAAAGAAUCUUCUUGAAUGAUUUGAACAACUUUGGGUCAAGCAGAGAUACCAACAUACACGAUUUGGGCGUAGCAAAUACGAUUUCGA